AUGUCGUCAUGGCUUAGGGCGAAAACCAACACACGGCUGCCCAAAUUGAUUGUGCGCCUGACUCUAUCGAAGCGACGACAACCACGACAAACGGGAACGACUUUUGAUCUUGCGGGUCAUUCCUUCGACUUUCUUUCCUUGCCCGCUCCCCAGAGAAACGCCGACACAAUGCCUUCGGAACAAGGACACCGCCGUGAGGGACGUCACCUGAGCUUCCAGCGCUCCAAGCACGCCCUGACCCCCAACACCAGCUUGGUCAAGAUCGAGGGUGUUGAUGACACCAAGUCCGCCAAGUUCUACCUCGGCAAGAAGGUCGCUUUCGUUUACCGUGCUAAGCGUGAGGUCCGCGGCUCCAACAUUCGGGUGAUCUGGGGCAAGGUCACCCGGCCGCACGGAAACUCCGGUGUUGUGCGCGCCAAGUUCCGCCACAACCUCCCCCCAAGUCCCUCGGCGCUACCGUCCGCGUUAUGCUCUACCCCUCCAACAUCUAAACGGCUUCUUUGUGUUGUUUUCAGUGGGCGAUUCACUUCUUCGCACAGACGGUCGGUCAGGCAAGGAAAAGUCGACGGAACGAGCCGAUGUUGAUUUGAGGUGAUGGAGUUGGCGGGUUGAUAACGUUUUGUUCGUGGGAGAAGGCAGGGCCAACAAAGCCCUACGAAUCAAAAAAUUUUACACUUUCAUAGCUGUGUCGACCCCAAGAUACUGGGAACGAGCUUCGUCUCGAUAUUUCUCCUUGUUCUUACAAUUGGCGAGCAUGAUGUGUCUGGUCGCGCAGCGUCACUUCUCCCAUUGUGUAUCUGACGCUUAAACGCACCAAAUUCCAUACCAUUUCAAAUUUCAACAGACCGGUCAAUCGAUCCGCUUCUUCGUGCGUCUGUCUUCCAUCUUUUGUUCUAGAAGAAAAUUGCAUUUCCUUGC